AUGAGGAGGAGUACAGAAAGACCUCCGUUCUCUUAUCCGAAUGGACGUAGGCAGUCAGAGCGUUGCAGCGUAUUCACGUCUUGUCGUCGUCCAACUACCGCCAUGGCGCUGCGCAACCUCAUCCUCGCGGGCCUCGCGGCGACCGCAGAAUCAAGAGCGGCCCUAGAGUCCCGUCAGGCUUCCACCAUAACCGUCGACCUCACAAAGACCUACCAGACCAUGGACGGCUUCGGCAUGAGCGAAACCUUCCAACGCGCAAACCAAAUGCAUGCUCUCUCUCCAGAGCUCCAGCGCUACUCUUUAGACCUCCUCUUCAACCAGACGUCCGGCGCGGGCUUCUCCAUCCUGCGCAAUGGCAUCGGCUCGUCGCCCGACUCGAGCUCCGACCACAUGGUCUCCAUCGCGCCUAAGAAUCCGGGUGGUCCGAAUGCGCAGCUGGCUUAUCAGUGGGACGGGAAUGAUAAUAGUCAGGUCUGGCUGAGCACCGAGGCUGCGAAGACAUACGGCGUGAAGACGUUUUAUGCAAACGCGUGGUCUGCGCCAGGAUACAUGAAGACCAACGGGAACGACGCGAAUGGUGGCUCGCUGUGUGGCGUCUCUGGCGCUUCGUGCUCGUCGGGAGACUGGCGCCAGGCGUAUGCGAAUUACCUCGUGCAGUAUAUCACGUACUACAAGGAGGUCGGGGUCGAUAUCACACACCUGGGGUUCUUGAACGAGCCCGAUUUGACCACGAGCUAUGCCAGUAUGCGGAGUAGCGGACAGCAGGCAGCGGACUUCAUCAAAGUGCUGCGGCCGACGCUAGAUAAGGCGAAUUAUACAGGCGUCAAGAUUACGUGCUGUGACGCUAUGGGGUGGAGUGCGCAGGCGGGUAUGAUGGGCCAGCUGAACGGCGUCAUCGACCAACUCGGGACCAUCACCGCGCAUUCAUACGGCUCCCAGCCCAACUCGCCCAUCAACAGCAAACACCCCGUCUGGCAGACCGAAAACGCCGACCUCCAAGGCCCCUGGGCCACCACCUUCUACAGCAACAACGGCGCAGGCGAGGGCAUGAACUGGGCAACCCAAAUAUACGACGCCAUCGUCCGCGGCAACGCCUCCGCAUACCUCUACUGGGUCGGCGUGCAAGGCGGCGCCACAAACAGCAAGCUCGUCCGCAUCAGUGACGACAAGAAGCAGGUCAUUCCCAGCAAGCGGCUCUGGGCGUUUGCAAACUGGGGUCGCGGGAUUAGACCGGGGGCGGUGCGGGUGGGCACGAGUGGCGGACCGUCGGGGGCACGGGUUACGGCGUUUAAAAAUGUGGAUGGGAGGGUUAGUGUGCAGGUUCUGCAGACGGGGACGGGGAGCGGCGCCGUCACUGUUAAGGUGAACGGGUUCACGGCUAAGAGUGCGACGGCUUUUUUGACUGAUAACUCGCAUGACUGCGAUGUGCAGACGGCGACGGUGGGGAGCGAUGGGAGUGUCAGUGCGAAUGUGCCUGCGAGAAGUAUGGUUACGAUUUUGAUGGAGCCUGCCGCGUGA